AUGGUGAAUAAUGUGCAGAGAGUCGACGACACCUGGCGAACAUGCACCAAAAGCGACUCGAGUGGCGCGAGCAACAGCGGCGGCGAGAGUUCCAAAGAGAGCUCUCGCUCCUCGACGCCUGUGCUGGAUGCCGACAGCAUGGACAGGCUACGGGACAAGAUGCGCCGCCGGACAGAGUCGGGCGACCACUGGUUUUCCCUCGAGUUCUUCCCCCCUCGUACUGCCAGUGGGGCUGUCAACCUCGUUUCUAGGUCUGUAGCUAAAGCUCGUUUGGCGUUGGCUUGUUCUAGCUGGUAACUCAAAACGAGGUCAGAGUUUGAAAUUAGCAGCUAACUAGCCAGCGGAUACGACCCUCUUGCUUACAGCUGCGCUAGGAUCGGACAGACUUCCUGUGUAGAUUAAGACACAGCGGAGCCGGUGCGAGAUAUGUCUCGGAAAAUGUACCUCAAUACAGGGAUGAGAAAUGCUUUGUACUGCAGAAUUGUCCCAUUAUCCCAACUGUUACACCGAGAAGAUUGUACAACUGCUAGUUUUUUAGCAGUUGUUCAAAAUUCUCUGUGUAACAGUUGGGAUAAUGGGACAAUCUCGGAGUACAAUGCAUUUCUCAUCCCUGUGUUGAGGUACAUUUUCCGAGACAUAUCUCGCACCGGCUCCACGUUGUCUUAAUCUACACAGUAAGCCUGUCCGAUCCUAGCGCAGCUGUAAGCAAGCUGGUCGGAUCUGCAGGCUUAGCUGCUAACUAACUACCUGCUUUUAGCAACACUAGUAUUUACACACUAGCGUUGCUAGGAAUUGGCUUGCAAAACAACUGAAUAGUCCGCCGGAAGCCAGAAGUGAAACAAAAUUCAAUUUCAAUUUACUCUGCCGAUUGUGCGUAGGAUUGGUCCUUAUGCAGGGGGGAAAUUGAGAAAAAACAUCUAAUAGAACACAUAUUAAACAGACUUUCCAAACGUGGGUCUGUUGUAGACCCACUUCCUCUCCGCUUACCUCAUGCACGUGUGCCAUACCUGCACAAAAAAAGCAAGGACUUGUGGGGGACCUUUGUUUUGACAUGAGGUAAGCAGAGAGGAUCAGACCUCGCUGAGGAGCUGCUGCAUGCAUCUACAACAGACCCACAUUUUUUGCAAGCCAAUUCCCAGCAACGCUAGUAACAUAUAAAUACCAGAGUUGCUAAAAGCAGCUACUAACUAACCACAUCUUCUCUCUCCCAUUUUUACCAUUCAGAUUUGAUCGCAUGGGCUCUGGGGGGCCCCUGUUCAUAGACAUUACCUGGCAUCCGGCGGGGGACCCAGGUUCGGACAAGGAGACCUCCUCCAUGAUGAUUGCCAGCACAGCGGUCAACUACUGUGGCCUGGAGAGCAUCCUGCACCUGACCUGCUGCAACCAGACCAAAGAGAAGAUCACCGGGUACCUGAGCAAAGCCAAACGCCUUGGCCUGAAGAACAUCAUGGCUCUAAGAGGAGGUAGGGCCACUUUGAGUAGGGUGACGUUGCACAGAUCUAAGGUCAGUUUUAAUAUCUUCCUCUUAACGGUUAAGGUUAGGAUUUGGGGAAGGUGAGCUGAUCCUAGCUCUUAGGGACAACGUCUACACAGAGCAGGGUUAGUCCAUUGUGGGAGUGUUUGUGUGUGCUUCGGUAUUGUAUUACAAUAGCCUGAGGGUCUGCCUGAUAUUUUUUAGAGUGAAGUUAAUUCCUGUGCACAUGCGCAGAUGCACUGUGUGGGUGCUCGCAAUUGCACCCUCUUGCAUCGCUCUGACUCUGCAAUGUCUUUGGUUUACAACUCCACGUUGCUGCCUCUUGCAUCGCUCUAACUGCAAAAUAUUUAGUUCACAACUUCACAUUGCUGCUCGUGGUCAUACAAUCACAAUUGCAGCCUCUUGUAUCACUCUCACUGCAAUAUUGUUUUUGUUCACAUUGUGGCUCGUGGUCAAAUCAUAUCGUUGAGUCUCAGUUUCACCCUUAUCCCGAUUUUUCUCAUUGAGGAUAAGUAUUUUUCAAGAGACGUGGCUAACUAUACUGAGCAUAAAUAUAAACGCAACAUGUAAAGUCUUCAUCCCAUGUUUCAUGAGGUGAAAUAAAAGAUCCCAGAAAUGUUCUGUAUGCACAAAAAGCUUAUUUCGCCCAAUUUGGCCACAAAUUUGUUUACAUCCCUGUUAGUGAGCAUUUCUCCUUUUCCAAGAUAAUCUAUCCACGUGACAGGUUUGCCAUAUUAAGAAGCUGAUUAAACAGCAUGAUCAUUACACAGGUGAACCUUGUGCUGGGGACAAUAAAAGGCCACUCUAAAAUGUGCAGUUUAGUCAUACAACACAAUGCCACACGUCUCAAGUUUUGAGGGAGCGUGCAAUUAGCAUGCUGACUGUAGGAAUGUCCACCAGAGCUGUUGCCAGAGAAUUUAAUGUCGUUUUAGAGAAUUUAGCAGCACGUCCAACCGGCCUCUCAACCGCAGACCACUCCAGCCCAGGACCUAUAUCUGGCUUAUUCACCUGCGGGAUCGUCUGAGACCAGCCACCCGGACUGCUGAUGAAACUGGGUUUGCACAACCAAAGAAUUUCUGCACAAACUGUCAAACUGUUUCAGGGAAGCUCGUCGUCCUCACCAGGGACUUGAACUGACUACAGUUCGGCAUCGUAACCGACUUCAGUGGGUAAUUGCUUACCUUCGAUGGCCACUGGCAUGCUGGAGAAGUGUGCUCUUCACAGAUGAAUCCCGGUUUUAACUGUACCGGGCAGAUGGCAGACACGUAUGGCGUUUUGUGGGCGAGAGGUUUGUUGAUGUCAACUUUGUGAACAGAGUACCCCAUGGUGGCGGUGGGUUUAUGGUAUGGGUAGGCAUAAGCUACGGACAACGAACACAAUAGCAUUUUAUCGAUGGCAAUUUGAAUGCACAGAGAUACCAUGACGAGGCAAAGGGUGGUCACACCAGAUACUGAAUGGUUUUCUGAUCCACGCCCCUACCUUUUUUUUAAAGGUAUCUGUGACCAACAGAUGCAUAUCUGUAUUCCCAGUCAUGUGAAAUCCAUAGAUUAGGGCCUAAUGAAUUGAUUUCAAUUGACUGAUUUCACUGAACUGUAACUGAGUAAAAUCGUUGAAAUUGUUGCAUGUUGCGUUUUAUAUUUUUGUUCAGUGUAGCUACGUCUCAUUGUGACAUUCCCAUUGAACACCAUGUUUUCCUGAUCUCUUUAUAGAUCCCAUGGGGGCUGACUGGGAAGUGGAAGAAGGGGGCUUCAACUACGCCACAGACUUGGUCAAACACAUCCGCUGCGAGUUUGACGACUACUUUGACAUCUGUGUAGCCGGUAUGAUUGAAGCAGAAUUACUUUCUUUUCUUUUUUUACAAAGCUUCAUCAUAUUGUCAUUUUAUAGUAAUGAUAACCUUUUAUCAGGUCAUUUGUGGAGGACUUUAAAGUAGGCUGUUGUACCUACUUACAGUGCAUUCGGAAAGUAUUCAGACCUCUUGACUUUUGCCACAUUUUGUUUCGUUACAGCCUUAUUCUAAAAUGGGUUAAAUAGUUUUUUCCCCUCAUUAAUCUACACACAAUACCCCAUAAUGACAAAACGAAAACAAGGCACUUACCUUGAUAGUAACGCACACAUGUCCAAAGUUAUUAUUUGUAAGGAAAACAUCAAUGCAAUAAUGCGAGUGCCAGUCAGAAAAUGUGCCAGAUCGUGGAAGACUGCGCAAAUGUCUGCAUAUUUGAUGUGCAGAAGAAAUGGGGAAGAGCUCUCCUCAAAGAGGGAAGUUUUGUCAGGCUCAGUAAAGCCUCAAACUUACAUUGUCCGCAACAAUGAAAUGGGCUACUUCUAUGUGAAUUAAUGAGGAGGCGGAACACACCUCAAUUCAAACUGUGUUAGAAAAUACAACUUGUUAGAACAUUAUUUGAAAUUGACAAGUUGAAACAUAGCCUAUAGAUAAUUAGCAGGCAGCGAGCCUUGGUUUGAGGGCAGCCUGGGUUAACUGUCCUGUUCCGUAACAAUCACAUUUUGGAACAGUGAGUGCAUUCUGACAUCACGUGCAUAAAACAACUCAUGCUGGGGCUACCAUUAGAGAUAUUUGGAACUCACGUGUGAAAAGGUUAAAUUUGCAAAAAUGUAUAAAAUACACUUUCCGAAGGCACUGUAUAUGCUGUGAGCAUUUGAUCUCCCCAAAAGCCAUUUAGUCCUUCAAGUUGUUUGUAAAAUGUGACCUAAACACACACACACACACACACACACUGCGCAUUAAAACCCAUUUAUUGUGGCAGGCUACCCCACUGGCCACCCGGAGGCAGAGAGCUACGACGAGGACCUGAGACACCUGAAGGAGAAAGUGGAUGCCGGAGCAGACUUCAUCAUCACGCAGCUCUUUUUCCGGGCCGACACCUUCCUCAAGUUUGUCAGGGACUGCAGGGCCAUAGGGAUCACCUGCCCCAUCCUACCAGGCAUCUUCCCUAUCCAGGUACUAGGGCUGGGACGAUACCAGUAUCGUGAUACUCGUUAGUAUCGUUGCAAGGAAACAACGUGAAGCGGAUUUUACUUCUUUAAGAAAACAGGCUUAAUGUUGGAAACAAACAUUGUUGUUAUGCAGAGUCACAUUUAAUUAUUUUCCAAGCUAUAGCACACUUUUUUACAUAAAGCAGGUUUUUAAAGGACCAAAGAGUGAACUCUACUUCAUGUUUUCAUUUUUGCCAUGGAAAAUAUAUUGCGAUACUGGUAUCAUCCCAGCCCUACCAGGUACUGUGGGACGUAGGCCUAAACUGGGCCAUGGACUUGCGUGUGUGGUCAAAGACUACAUUUGUCAAAGUUUGAAAGGGAGGGGUUGCGUGGGUGUACUUUCUAACACUUUCUUGGAAUGGCAUGUUCUAGGAUGUGAUGAUAGCUAGCAACGUUGUAACAAAUGACCAAGUACGUUCCGUGCAAAAACAAAACAAGACAUUAUAUCGGACAAGGGGACAUUUUCCCAUAAGGGGCAGUGUAUGUUUUGGAGUGUCUGGUGGGCGGGGUUUGCUUAAUUUUAACAGGCAAGCUCAAUCAAGCACAGCUAAAGUAUUUGAAAUUAGGUUUGACCAGUAGGAUUUGUGUUUUGUCAUUCCUCCUUUCCUCCAGGGCUACCAAUCUCUAAGGCAGCUGGUCAAGCUGUCCAAGCUGGAGGUGCCCGAGGAGAUCAUGCGGGUCAUCGAGCCCAUCAAGGACAACGACGCAGCCAUCCGCAACUACGGCAUCGAGCAGACGGUGGGCAUGUGCCGCGUGCUGCUGGAGAGCGGCGAGGUGCCGGGCCUCCAUUUCUACACGCUGAACCGUGAGGUGGCCACCAUGGAGGUGCUGCGGCAACUGGGCCUGUGGAUCGAGGACCCCAGGUUGGUUGUCUAAGCCCGGACCACCCACCACACCAUACCUGGGUCCAAAAUAGGAUUGUUUUUUCUUUCAAACACUUCAGGUUGUUUGCUUGAUUUAGCUGGCCUAGUAUUAAAAUGUAUAAAAUGUAAGGUUACAUACGUAACCCCGGUUCUCUGAUAAUAUGAGUGAGAUGUAUCACACAUGGGGAUUCGUUUAGGAUCGCCUACUCGAAUGAGGUGAGACCCUCACCUUUCUUAAAGGACGACUGCACUUCCUGAUUUGACCUCGUUUUAAAUUUGGUUCAUUAACAAAUGCUAGCGGCCAUGACUGAAUUCAAACGUGAGUUGGUCGAGGUGUAGUUUGAUGUGGUUGUCUCUUGUCUGUGUUAGCAGGUGGGAAGAGUUAGCAAAAUUAUUUAGCCAAUUAGCUUCAGCCGGCUGGUGUGCGACAUUGGCAAAAUUGGUUUGACUUUGGAUAGCCCAUCUCCAGGGCUAGUUAGGGACCGUCAAUAAAUUACACGUAAAUGAGACAAUAUUUUCAUGUUGCACACCUUUUUAUUUUCUCAUUAAAUGCUUUCAAUAUUUGUAUAUGCAUUUCUACAAUUUGUAAUUGGUUUGAGGUUUUUAAGUCAAUUUGGAGGAAUUUUUUACAUAUUGUCCCAUGUACAUUGUGUAAUUUACAGAUGGUCCCUAACUAGCCCCAUUGGGAUUCCAAAGUCAACCCAAAUUUACCAUUGCGAUUGAGUCAAGUGCACCUGCUCUCCAAAUUGAUGAUUACUUGUGUGCUGUGGGCAGGAUUGAAACAAACCCAACCUUCAUUUAUGUUGUGAUGCAGUCAUAAAACUUGUCAUAAAGCUCUGUUUUCGACGAGACUGACUUUAUAACAAUAAUUAUUCUAUGUACACUUUGUAGUCAAUUUUGACAGUAUAAUAAAUGUUUCUGACUCAUCGAUGCGACAUAAGCUGUUUUCUAAAUGAGAAGUUGGUUUUUAGGAGCGGUUGCUCUUUAAAAGGAGCCACUCUCCCGCCUUCUGGUUAUUCUCAAGCAUGCUUCUCUUCCUCACACCCUUGCGAGCAGGGGAAUGCGGUGAUAUAUCUGUCAUAUUAUCAGAGGACCAGGUUACGCAAGUAACCUUAAGUUCUCUUUCAAAUACUAAUUUCGAUGUAUCACAUAUGGGGAUAUGGCCAACUCCCGUAUCGCAAAAACAUGCUGUCCGAAGCCAGGGUAGGGCCCAACAUCAGCAACCCUCCGAGGUCCCGAGACUGAGAGUACGCACCAAGAAGGUGCAGAAACAUAGCAAAGAGAGGUGAAGCCCAAUACGUGGCUUAUAAAAUCUCAGUUCAAUGAAAUAGACUAUAUAUACAAAAGUAUGAUUCAAAAGAUUUGGCUAUUUCAGCCACACCUGUUGCUGACAGGUGUAUAAAAUCAAAACAUUGGCAGUAGAAUGGCCUUACUGAAGAGCUCAGUGACUUUCAACGUGUCAGUUCCAAACUGCCUCUGGAAGCAACAUCAGCACGAGAACUGUUCAUCUGGAGCUUCAUGAAAUGGGUUUCCAUGGCCGAGCAGCCGCACACAAGCCUAAGAUCACCAUGCGCAAUGCCAAGCGCCGGCUGGAGUUGUGUAAAGCUAGCCGCCAUUGGACUCUGGAGCAGUGGAAACGUGUUCUCUGGAGUGAUGAAUCACACUUCACCAUCUGGCAGUCUGACGGACAAAUCUGGGUUUGGCAGAUGCCAGGAGAAAGCUACCUGCCCCAAUGCAUAGUGCCAACUGUAAAAUUUGGUGGAGGAGGAACAAUGGUCUGGGGCUGUUUUUAAUGGUUUGUGCUAGGCCCCUUAGUUCCAGUGAAGGGAAAUCUUAACGCUACAGCAUACAAUGACAUUCUAGACGAACAGUUUGGGGAAGGCCCUUGCUUGUUUCAGCAUGACAAUGUCCCCAUGGACAAAGCGAGGUCCAUACAAAAAUGGUUUGUCGAGAUCGGUGUGGAAGAACUUGACUGGCCUGCACAGAGCGCUGACCUCAACCCCAUCGAACACCUUUGGGAUGAAUUGGAACGCCGACUGCCAUUAUACAUAAAUAUAAUAGACCCCCUGAUCCGGCAGGAUGUAGUCGAAGAGGAAAAGUGGGGCCCCACCCACUUCUGAAGGGUGGUUGCCCAAUGAGCGAAGAGCAUGACACACUUGCCUUACUACAAUCCAAGUCGAUGUGCACUGUGUGUACUGGACAACGACAGGGUCGCCCUUCAGGGGAAGGCGACAGAUGAAAAGCCAUAGGCUCCAAGGUGCGACAAUGGAAAAAAGUUGACCUGGGCCAAAGAUGGGGGGGUUAGGUCAUUAACCCUUUACACUCGUGGGAAUUGGCCUAUAUGGAUAGGGCUACAUUGAAAUGUUUCUUAAGGAAGAAAUAUGGAAUGCAUAACCAUGGAAGCGAUUACAAGGGAACAGUUUAGAGAUUAUGGGAAAUUAUUAGAAUAAAGGUAAUGACAGUUCUACAUCUGCAUUGCUUGCUGUUUGGGGUUUUAGGCUGGGUUUCUAUAUAGCAAUAAAUGUGAUUGAAAUGUGAGUCACCUGACAUGACUGAAUCCAAACAUUACACUGUUGAUUGUGUAUUUUACAUUUACUGUACUUUUUGCCGCAUUUGUUGCUAACCAAAAUCUGAAAAUACUCUGGAUACAUUCAGUAACAUGAUAAUAAUAUUUUUGGAAAAUCUGGGGUAGGUGCAACAUAUGACAAAUUACAAGGGUUUGAGUGAGAGUCUAACACUUGUAGUUGUUUUGUUUGGAACACAGACCUGCAUCCCCGUCUUUACACAGUUACUGUUGUUUUUUUACGCAAUCCACAAAUGGUCAAUUAUGAAUCGCAAUCUGGGUCAGGUUUACAUAAUUUGAAAGCUUGUUCUAUUGCCAACAUGACUAGCUAAAUUAUAAAAUACGAUCUUACAGUGUUAGGCUUUCACAAGGCAAUUCAGAGAAGCAGAUCAUAAUUUUGGUUUGCAUAGAAUAGUCAUGACUGACUGCAGUCAGAUGCGUGGUCCGCAUCAGAUUUUCUUCACAAUACAACAGGCUCAUUCUGUUCAGGACAACCCAGGGUAUAACGCCAUAUCAUCUUGUAACUGUACAUCAAACAUAGUGAUCAUUAACGUUGACACUAUAUAUUACAUACGUUUUAUGAUAUGGAAAUGUGAAAUGCACAUUUGGACUCACAGGUGUUAGGCUUGCUUGUAUGACAUCAGAGGUAUUUAUUAUAAUCCUCAACGUCUCAUCUUUCAAAAUACAUAGAGUCCUUAUCAUUUACAGCAUUUCCCUAACUCAGAGAACCAAAAAUGUGCUAAAGUUGCCCAGUUAGCUGGAGGGAUGGGGGCAACUUAUUGUCACGCGUGGCGCUCAAGUUCAAAACGUCUGUCAGUCAAAACCCAUACAGCGCUGUGAAGCGGAGAGCCUGAGCUCUGACGUCAUGUAUAGCAUGUUACUUUACAGCCACUGUGUUCCAAUUUAGGUGCUUAUCAGUGUCCAGAUCUGCCAUUUUCAACCCGGAUAUGAGUGUAAAGGGCUAACCUGAAUAAAACCUUGGACUGACUGCUGGCGUGAACAGUGGCUGGUAGAGCACAGUCCACACAUACGCUUAGGGAUGCCAAAGGCAGUAGCAAAGUGAAAGAUGGAGGAAUAUUACAUAUUCACGCUUUUCUGCGGCUAGUAGCUGCUAUGAAAAGGAUUUCAAGCACAAUAGACACGUACCAGGACAAGCUAAAGGCUUAGAGACUGGGCGUAACGGCCCCCCUUAGAGACGACACAACAAUUAUGGUUAAACUGUAUCACUGUCCGGUCCAUGGCAGGCUGAGAAAGUGACUUAAAGGGGAACUGCACCCGCUGAUUUUGCCUUGUUUUGUGGCUCCUCAAGAAAUGCUGGCGCCAUGACAGAAGCCAAAUGUCUGGACUUCAUCGCAUCAUCUUACAAGUCUCCAUGUGCUGGCUCCAUACAUGUUUCUGUGAACACAUUCACAAAUAGUCACUGUUCCAUUACCAAUGGCAGUUAGGAUAGGUGAUAUCUGACACACAAACAUAUACUGUGUUGAAGUUUCAACAGGUCAGACUAAACCUACCUAAUUCUGUUCUCCCCAUCUGUUGGUGAGCAGGCAAGAGGUGAGGCUGGAGGUGAGGUCUUUGCCAGAGCCCCAUUGAUGGGCAUAGCAGCAUAGAUCAGCUCCUGUCCCCUCAUCAAAGAUACUGGUCGGUCACACACAAACACACACACACAGAGCACUGAUUACAUUAUCAAUGGUGGUUAUGAUUAGCCUGGUGGAACCAACCUGAUCGCUGCGUUCACCUUUAUAUUUCACUUCAGAUAUCAUAAAAUGUGAAGUGAAAUAGAAUGGUGAACACAGCGAUCAGGCUGGUUCCACCAGGCUAGGUUAUGGCCUGGACAUUAUAUACAUCUAAGAAGUAGAAAAUAAGCAACAAAUAAUGUCUCAAUUGGGUUAUCAAAGUAAUGAAGUGGGUUACCUUCUGUAUUUGUACAAAUAAUGAGUCUGAAGGUUGCUGGCUGGAUACUUGCCAACAUGUCUGCAUGAUGCUGAUAAGGGCCCCCUUGCUGGUCUUCUCUAUGCUGUAUGUUCGGCUGCAAACUGGACAUCUCUCGAACAACUGCAGCAGGCAAUCUUAUGAGGUGGUGUUGACUGGGAGGGUCUCUGACAGGGUUAUAUAAUAGAUAGCCAAGUGGUAAAUGUACAUUUUGUUCUAAAGAAAGGACAAAGCUUUUUGGCUAAUGCACUUCACAACCAAAAUGACUCUUAGUUGUAUCUACUUGGCUGGGGAAUUAGCCUACUAGUUUAUCGAGCCAGGUAUUUUUUUAAUACAACUUUUCACAAGCUACCUGUCGUUGUUGAUGAUGAAGCCAUAUGUGUUAUCAGGGCAGUAACUCGGUCACUAGGCCUCAUGAUGGCGUGUCCUUUUCAUAGGAGUCGAGGGAGACUGGCAACAACUGAGGAGGUGUCACAAGGGUACUUGUGUCGCAUGACACACUUUUUUAUUCUGAGGUCUUGCCUGACAAGCUGUGAAAAUAGCAAGUGAACAGCGAAUGAAAUGAUUUUUUGAGGUCGCUAAACCAUUGCAAUAACAUUGCUGGACAUGUUAUGAUACCCACCUUUGCUCCUUCUGGUAGGUUCCGGCGUCAGUUCAUGACCAGGGGAUCAGUCUGUGUCAAAUGUAUACUUUGUCAAUGAUUGUCAUCCUCCCUCAAUUAAACGUACACUGAACAAAAAUAUAAACGCAAUAUCAAAACAAACAAUUGUCACAUGCGCCGAAUACAACCUUAACCGUGAAAUGCUUACUUACAAGCCCUUAACCAACAAUGCAGUUCAAUAAAUAGUUAUGAAAAUAUUUACUAAAUUAAAUAAAGUAAAAAAUUAAAUAAAGUAACACAAUAACAUAACAAUACCGAGGCUAUAUACAAGGGGUACCGGUACCGAGUCAAUGUGCGGGUGUACAGGUUAGUCAAGGUAAUUUGUACAUGUAGGUAGGGGUAAAGUAACUAUGCAUAGAUAAUAAACAGCGAGUAGCAGUUUAGGGGGAGGGGGAGGGGGGUUCAAUGUAAAUAGUCCGGGUGGCCAUUUGAUUAAUUGUUCAGCAGUCUUAUUGCUUGGGGGUAGAAGCUGUUAAGGAGCCUUUUGGACCUAGACUUGGCGCUCAGGUACCGCUUGCCGUGCGGUAGAAGAGAGAACAGUCUAUGACUUGGGUGACUGGAGUCUUUGACAAUUUUUUUGGGCCUUCCUCUGACACCACCUAGUAUAUAGGUCCUGGAUGGCAGGAAGCUUGGCCCCAGUGAUGUACUGGGCCAUACGCACUACCCUCUGUAGCGCCUUAAGGUCGGAUGCCAAGCAGUUGCCAUACCAGGCGGUGAUGCAACCGGUCAGGAUGCUCUCGAGGGUGCAGCUGUAUAACUUUUUUAAGGAUCUGGGGACCCAUGCCAAUUCUUUUCAGUCUCCUGAGGGGGAAAAGGUGUUGUCGUGCCCUCUUCACGACUGUCUUUGUGUGUUUGGACCGUAAUAGUUUGUUGGUGAUGUGGACACCAAGGAACUUCAAACUCUCGACCCGCGCCACUACAGCCCUGUCGAUGUGAAUGGGGGCGUAUUCAGACCUCUUUUUCCUGUAGUCCAUGAUCAUCUCCUUUGUCUUGCUCACGUUGAGGGAGAGGUUGUAGUCCUGGCACCACACUGCCAGGUCUCUGACCUCCCUAUAGGCUGUCUCAUCAUUGUCGGUGAUCAGGCCUACCACUGUUGUGUCGUCAGCAAACUUAAUGAUGGUUUUGGAGUCGUGCUUGGCCACGCAGUCUUGGGUGAACAGGGAGUACAGGAGGGGACUAAGCACGCACCCCUGAGGGGCCCCCGUGUUGAGGAUCAGCGUGGCAGAUGUGUUGUUGCCUAAUCUUACCACCUGGGGGCGGCCCGUCAGGAGGUCCAGGAUCCAGUUGCAGAGGGAGGUGUUUAGUCCCAGAGUCCUUAGCUUAGUGAUGAGAUUUGUGGGCACUAUGGUGUUGAACGCUGAGCUGUAGUCAAUGAACUGCAUUCUCACAUAGGUGUUCCUUUUGUCCAGGUGGGAAAGGGCAGUGUGGAGUGCGAUUGAUACAACAAUUUCAAAGAUAUUACUGAGUCAAUUGAAAAAAAAUCAUUUGGCCCUAAUCUAUGGAUUUAACAUGACUGGGAAUACAGAUAGGCAUCUGUUGGUCACAGAUACCUUAAAAGGUUGUCCCACUCCUCUUCAAUGGCUGUGCGAAGUUGCUGGAUAUUGGCGGGAACUGGAACGUCGAUCCAGAGCAUCCCAAACAUGCUCAAUGGGUGACAUGUCUGAGUAUGCAGGCCAUGGAAGAACUGGGACAUUUUCAGCUUCCAGGAAUUGUGUACAGAUCAUUGCGACAUGGGGCAGUUCAUUAUCAUGCUGAAAAAUGAGGUGAUGGCGGCGGAUGAAUGGCACGACAAUGAGCCUCAGGAUCUUAUCACGGUAUCUCUGUGCAUUAAAAUUGCCAUCGAUAAAAUGCUAUUGUGUUCGUUAGCCGUAGCUUAUGCCUGCCCAUACCAUAACACCACCGCCACCAUGGGGCACUCUGUUCACAACGUUGACAUCAGCAAACCGCUCGCCCACGCGACACCAUACAUGCUGUCUGCCAUCUGCCCGGUACAGUUGAAACCGGGAUUCAUCCGUGAAGAGCACACUUCUCCAGCAUGCCAGUGGCCAUCAAAGGUGAGCAUUUGCCCACUGAAGUCGGUUACGACGCCGAACUGCAGUCAGGUCAAGACCCUGGUGAGGAUGAUGAGCACGCAGAUGAGCUUCCCUUAGACGGUUUCUAACAGUUUGUGCAGAAAUUAGUCGAUUGUGCAAACCCACAGUUUCAUCAGCUGUCCGGGUGGCUGGUGUCAGACGAUCUUGGACAGCUAUGCUCCAUUUUCUCGUGUGAGCACAGUCUCUAAAGUGAGCUUCUGCUCAGAGAAUAGGGUUUUGUAUCAAUGCAGCCCUGCCUUUCCACUGCUGCGAAAACUCUGCUACUCCUUCCCCUUUCAAACGUUAAACCCAAAGGGAGAGGGUAGGGCAGAGAGCCGUAGGCCCUGCACACUAUGCUCCUCAGCUGCCAGGGCUGCGCCCUAGGUUGGCUGACCCUUCUUACCUCCCUUAGGAAGGUUAGAGGGGUGGAUCCUUGCUGCAGCGUAAGACCCCUUUACUACAGGUUUCGCUUGGUUGAGGGGCCUAGCCUGAGUCUUGGCAGGCUGCUGCGUCACUGGGGACCUCAGUCCCCCAAGGCCAGCUGGUUGCCCCCUCCCAGCUGUGAUGCUGGGGCAAGAUGCAAGAACCAACUUCCUGCCACGGGGCCCGGGUCUGUGGGGAAAGCAGAAGUUGAAGGCUUUGCCUUAUCUCUUGCGCAUGUCAUACUUCUGCUGCAUGGCGGCGACAGUGGGCCCGAACAACUCCUUGGGUGUCACUGGGGCUUCCAAGCUGUAGUAUAAGCUUAGCCAAAGCGCCAUUCCUCCCUCCACCGCAAGGCUCAAGGUACGACCACAGCCUUGGACGGCACCACGGGAGGCACAGAGGUUCAGGUCUGUAAUCGUACAGAUCUCCUUCCAAGCAUCUGAGUCUAGGGUGUUCGAGUCCAGUUGCUUCCCCACCUCCAGUAACUCAGCCUGAUACUCCAACAAUAAGGAGGUUGAGAACGGAGGCAGUAAAGCGCUCCACCUUCCAAUGGAGUGAGGCGCUGGCGUCGUUCGUAACGCCGUGAGGGGCUGAGGUAGUAAACCAGUGAUGGCUCCACUGUGGGAGGGUUGCCAAAAUUCCUCCCAUAUUGUGCAUAUCCAGGCUAGGGGUACCCCUAGCAAGAAUCUUUGGGAUGGGACUCUCUUCCCCUUGUAUAGGUCCCUUGACGGGCCCUGAGCCCCUAUAGGAGAUGGCCACUCAAUGCCGAGUCUGGCCGCGGCCCGCUUGCAGACAUGAAGGAGCCCAAACUCCACUAGAGGAAAGGCAGCUCCACCGCUCUCGGGGCCUGAGAGGGUGGGAGAACGGGGUCGUCAGUCCCCAUCUUCUGAGCAAUCUCGGGGAUAUCCGUUGUCCCCUGACUUGCUACACCAUCAGACAGCGAGGGGAGGGAAUCGAGGCUAUCUGUGACCUCUCCCCAACUGGGCUUGGUUGCAGAGAGCUGACCCUCUGGUGUCGCUGUUUGCUUGGAGGCAAGAGGGGCUAUCGAGAUAGAAGCAUGUUUAAGCCACUUCAGACCUGCCCUCGUCACCAGUCUGUAGUGCUUGCAGGACUCCGGGUCCUCGAGCGCCUCUUGGGGAUGUCCCUUACCCAAGCAAUUGAUGCAUAGAGGGCAAUCAUGGACCCACAAGCACAUGAACCUGGGUUAGGCUCGUCCCGGGACGGGGAAGCAGUGGACAUUGUAAGGAACAAGGCUUGCUAGGGGGACCGAGCAGCGUCUGUUGUAGGAACAAAGUGUAAAAAGCGUACUAAGCUAGCUAGUUAGAAGCCUUGCGACUAACAGCUAGCAAUAAUGAGCUUCGUAGAACCCUAUAGCCGUGAGACUAGUGGGGCGUUAGCUAGCCAGCAGCUACCUCGUGGUGAAGGGUUGGGGCUUUAGCUAGCUAGCAGCUACCUUGUGGUGAAGGUGCGCCGUGGCUAGCUCAAUGCUGGCUGAAGGAAACAACCUGGUGGCAGAGUUAACCUUCAGAUAGAGUGCUCCCGUAAACAAUGGUGCCAUGAGGCAGAGAUGGUCGGUCUAGUUAACAGAACGGGUGAACGUAGGUUAAACUACACGAGAGAAGUGAGAUGACAAUGCUACCGUGUUUCAGGAUGGUAUGCUAGUAUGCUAGUGAGGAUAGCUUGCCUCUCAGUGAGCUAGCCAAGUUAGCCUCGCAGGGUGGACUAACUGAGUCUCAAAAGCUAGCCGUGAAGCUAGCUACCAACGGAGACUGAGAAGUAGAAAAAUAAUUUCUAUAUGAAAAUAAUACCUUAGUACUCAACCUCUCGACAGGGUCUGAAGACCUUUCGCGCAGCAACGAUAUGGUUCACUUGUGUUAAGCAGGAAAACAGGUAUACAGUCGAUAUGAGGAGAGCUAGAGUAGUAUUGCUCUUCGGGAGGAAGAGAUGCGAGAAUAACCAGAGGGCAGAGAGUGGCUCCUUUUUAAUGAAGGUGAGGGUUUCACCUCAUUCACCACUAUACCUGUCUGUCUCCAACAGAUACUUUUGAUAGGUACUUCCGAGAGUAUAUGUGAUACAUCGAAACAAGUAUUUUAAAUAGACCCAAAUGGGCAUACUGUGUAAGGUUUAAUUGUCUAUUGCACAAUAAUCAGAUUCAAUUUGAUUGGUACAUGCACUCUGUCCUGGAACGCUUAAUAAAACCAAACAAACCACUUCACAUGAAAUCUAACUGCCUAUGUAUUAGAAUGGAAUAGCUGCUGUCACACCCAUUUCUACUAGAACUGAUGCCUUCUGGUUGUCUUCUUUGGUUGCCAGGCGGCCACUCCCCUGGGCGGUGAGCGCUCACCCCAAACGCAAAGUGGAGGACGUGCGGCCCAUCUUCUGGGCCUCCAGACCCAAGAGCUACAUCUACAGAACACAGGACUGGGACGACUUCCCCAACGGACGAUGGUGAGCAAGCAACACACUGGACGAGCUUCUAGAGAAAUCACCUUGCACCUUGGCUAGUUUGUGGCUAGACAGUAUGUUACAUUUCCAAUGUUUUUGUAACUGUCAUUGGCCUAAGAGUUAAGGUAUGUUUGUUCUCUCAACCUAUUCUGUGACUUUUCCAUGUGAAUAAGUACUGUAUAAUCAGUGAACAGGCAAUGUUCCCAGGACUUAUCAUAUUGGCUCUGUGUUAUUUCAGGGGCAACUCGUCGUCUCCGGCCUUUGGCGAACUCAACGAUUACUACCUGUUCUACCUGAAGAGUAAGUCGUCCAAGGACUCCCUGCUGAAGAUGUGGGGCGAGGAGCUGACCAAUGAGCAGAGCGUCUACGAGGUUUUCACCAGCUACAUCAAAGCCCAGCCCAACCGUGCCGGACACAAGGUGACGCCUGGCCCUAGACACUUCAGACUGAAAUGUUUCAGUCAGCUUUCUUCCGUUUGGAGCCUCAUGAAUUCGACCCACGGGGCCAUUAUGACUACCACUUAAAACAAAAGCCUAAACCCUUGACUUCCGCUUUGCUCAACUGACAUCAAUGAUCGCCUGUGAUCUCCUAGGUGAUGUGUCUGCCGUGGAACGACGAGCCGCUGGCCCCGGAGACCAACUUGCUGAUGGACGAGCUGGACAAGGUGAACCGCCGGGGGGUCCUCACCAUCAACUCCCAGCCCAGCAUCAACGGCAAGCCCUCCGACGACCCCAUCGUGGGCUGGGGCCCACCGGGGGGCUACGUCUUCCAGAAGGUAAAGUUAGGCCUCCGUGGUUUGGUCGUGGGGAUUACCAAUUAUAAGCCUUAUUAUAAGAUUAUAAAACAUGAUAAAGGCUCAUACAUACUUUAUAACACGUUAUAAAUCAUUAUACUGCACCUGCAGGCUUAAAGUAAAGUUUUACCAAAAUAAUUAUAGAAAGAAGGUAGGCCUACUAAAGUGAGGGGGGAUUUACACAUUUGAAUUUAUAACACAAUUUAGACACACAAAGUCAUUCAAAUGAUCAAGGAUUAAAGUAAGGUAAAAUAACUGGUUUAGCAAAAUGAAGGCUGUCCCCUUUUCUUUGUCACGAUGUUGAGAGUAGGGUGAUUCACAAUCUUUCCUAGAAAUGAAGAAGAGUGAAUAAAUGGAAGGUUUCUCAAACUUAGUAACAUUUAUUGAAUUACAUGCAUACUCAUCAUGUAAUGACAUGAACCUAAUGCUUUGCCACGUUUGCAAAUCCAACAGGCCUAUCUGGAGUUUUUCACCUCGAGUGAAAACGUCACGGUUCUCCUCAAAGUGCUGAAGAAGUACGAACCUCGCGUCAACUACCACAUCGUCAAUGUUCAUGUAAGUUCUCAACUACAUAUAUUAGCCUACAUCUGCACUUAUUUUGUGAAUUGAAACGGAUUGUUAGAUUGAUCUACUGGUCGAUUGUUUCUAUUUACAGGGUCAGAAUACGACGAACGCCCAUGACAUGCAACCCAACGCUGUGACGUGGGGCAUCUUCCCCGGCAGGGAGAUUGUCCAGCCCACGGUGGUGGAUCCAGUCAGCUUCAUGUACUGGAAGGUAAGGUGAAAGGUCAUUUCAUUAACCUACUGGCCCCUUCCAGGAACAUUACCCCCUAUGCACUUGUGUAGAUAUAAGAGGACUGGAUAGGUGUAAGCAAUUUGGCGAAACCACCUAUCAGAGGGAAUGAUGGAGUGUGCUAGGGGUUGUUUCUGGUUCUGGACAGUGCCCUUGACUCGGAUGAGUUUGUGAAAUGGUUGUCAUUAGUUCUCUACAAACAUUUUCUGAGAUUUUAGUUGAGUAUGGAAUUUUUAACCCUCUACAUCGUCUCUUUGAGCUGGAGCGUUUGGAAAGUCCCAUGGCACAAAAACCUCCCAUGAAGCCUUUUCAAGGAAUCCUUUUCAAAACCAUUAUUUUGUGUGGAACUGAUAAAGCUUCCUGAUAAAGUUUUAUCAGCACUGUAAAGAUAAAUCGAUGGCAAAACACUUGAAAUUCCCACCUUUCUGAAACUUGUAGAGUUAAUUGUUUUCGCCUUCUUUUAAUAGGACGAGGCCUUUGCCCUGUGGAUUGAGCAGUGGGCCAAGCUGUACGAGGACGAGUCGCCGUCGCGCAUGAUCAUCAAGUACAUCCACGACAACUACUUCCUAGUCAACCUGGUGGACAACGACUUCCCAUUGGACAACUGCCUGUGGCAGGUCAUCGACAACAUGUUCGAGCUGCUUGACAACCCCCCAGAGGAGCAACCCACGGAGCAACCUGCAGAGCAGCCCGCCGAGGAGUCACCCGUGGAAAUCAACCCGCAAAGUAACUGUGGCGACAGCCAGACUGACUGACUUUUUUUCUUUUUCUCCCCGGUGCUGCUAUCAAGAACUUUUCAUUCGAAACUAACACCACAAAGUACUUAACUGGAGUAUUAUACUAUACAAAUAUAAUCGCUACAUGAAACAAUUUAAUAGA